AUGAACCCUGCCGUCUCAAAUCUGGUCAUCUCUCUCGCCGUCAUGCAACUGGCGAGGAAGAUACCUUUCGAGGACCCGGAAGUGCUCUACUAUGUUCGAGUGGGCUACGUUUCCAUGCAAAUUCUCGUUCUGAGUGUCUACUACUACAUUUCCAUGACGAUCAAGUCAAAGAACGACCAGACGGUUCUCAAAUAUGUCGAAGCCCCCAACCCUAUGUCACAAGAGCCUGGCCAACUCGUUAAUACCACUGUGCGGGACUACGACCUUCUGGAGACCUCCAAGCUUCUCCGCUCUGUCUAUAUGGGAAUGGCCAUGAUGGGCUUUAUGCACGGCUACAUGAAGUUCACUCAGCCCCUGUUCGUCCAAGCAAUCAUGGCUAUCAAGAGUCUUUAUGACGCUACACCGUUCAAGAUCCAUAUUCUCGGGCAAAAGGCGGAGGGAGAUCUGAAGCGUCCCUGGAAAACUGCUGGCGGAAUGUUUGGAGCUGCAGGUGGACCACAAACGGACAACGCGGCCAUUACUGAGGCCGAAAAGCGAGUUGGAGGGACAACUUCCAAGAAGGAGGAAUGA